AUGGCCGGCAACGCCGGCAUUUUAACCGCAUCCAUGCGGCGGAAGGGCGACUACCACAAGCGCGCGGACGGCAAGCAAGCGGUGGUGCGGCUGUCGCCGGCGCUGUUCGCGCUGAUCGAGGGCCUCAAGGAGUGCAUGUCGCUGGCGAGCGGCGGCAUCACGGUCACCAAGAUGGACGUCGUCUCUUUCUUCCUCGAGGCUGCUUACUCCGAGAUCGACCGCCUUUUCGCGCCGCGCCGAGCCAUGCCCGGCUGGAUGGAGCGCGAGACGGCGCUGCGCGGAGCGUGGGAGGCGGAGCUCGAGAAUCGCCGCAAGGCGGGCGUCGUCGGCCCGCUGCACCCGCCCGCGCGGCCGUUGCGCUUCGCGCCCGCGUCCGUUAGUCCGUCCAUGGGGCGCGACGGCGUGGCGGACGACACUCUCCCCGUCGCCUACACCACCGUCUUCGCCGCCGAGCGCGCGGCGGGCGCGCUGGGCGCCGCGCAUGGCGGGGAGACGGCGACGGCGCCUGUGGGCCCCACGUCGGGCCUCGGUUCGCGCGGGCGGCACAAGUGGGGGCGGAAGAACUGGUUCGCGGGGAUGUCCGGGCGCGGCAGUGGCGCGGGGUUGCACCACGCCGUCGCCGUUCCCGUGGCGGAGUACGACCCCAGCGGAGCCGGCGCGCCCGGCAUGCUGCCUGCUCCCGCCGUCGGAUCGGACCUGGUGGUUCACCCGGGCAUCACUCUCGAGCCCAGCGGAUCCUUCUCCGCCAGUGCGGGCGCGGCGGGGGGACACGGCGCGCAGAUUGGCGCAGCGAACGCGGCGGCCGGCAUGGGCGCUCUGGACACGCGCGCUGACGCCGUUGGGUACGCUGCGGGUGCCGCCGCCGGGCAAGGCCGACAGGGGCGGCGGCAGCUGGCGUGGACGCAGCCGAACGCGGCGCGGAACCGACACGCGUGGCUGCGCGAGGCGAUGCGGAGCGCGGAGGUGGCGGCGGCGCAAGAGCAGCCCAUGGUGUGGGACAAGGUCGUGAUGAGCGGCGCUGCUGCUCAAGGAGAGGGCGAGGGGAGGAUCGCAGGUGAGGCGGCGGCGGGGCAAGGGGAAGAGGCGGGGGUGGACGGUGGUGGCGCGAACGAGCAGGCGAACGCUGUGGGGGAAGGAGUGGACGGAGGGGUUACUGCGGAGGGGAUGGUUGGGGUGAAGAGGAAGGUGGAGGAGGUGGAGGUGGGGGACGAGGAGGAGCAGGCGCACAAGAGGCAGGCACAGCACGACGAGGAGGGAGGGCAUGGCGAGCAGAUGCAGCAAGACGAAACAGAGACUGUGGCGAGCAGCCUGACUGGUGAAGGAGGGAGUGGCGGUGGUGAGCGUGGCGAGGCAGAGGAGGGGGGGAAUGAUGGGGUGGGAGGUGAUGCGGAGCGCCACAGGCUUGAGUUGAAUAGCCACUCCUGCACCGCCUCACCUGCACUGCCUCACCUGCACUGCCUCACCUGCACUGCCUCACCUGCACUGCCUCACCUGCACUGCCUCACCUGCACUGCCUCACCUGCACUGCCUCACCUGCACUGCCUCACCUGCACUGCCUCACCUGCACUGCCUCACCUGCACUGCCUCACCUGCACUGCCUCACCUGCACUGCCUCACCUGCACUGCCUCACCUGCACUGCCUCACCUGCACUGCCUCACCUGCACUGCCUCACCUGCACUGCCUCACCUGCACUGCCUCACCUGCACUGCCUCACCUGCACUGCCUCACCUGCACUGCCUCACCUGCAGGGCUGCUGGAAGAGGGUGCGGAAGGAGUGCAGCCAUUCCUGGUGGAAGAACAACAGAGCAAAUGCAGCAGGCAAGAGUGGAUCACAAAUGCAGCAGGCAAGAGUGAAUCACAAGUGCUCUUUCUCGUCCUCCACCCCAUUGUCUGCUGCCCUACUUCCCUGCAUGAAGCGCCAGCACUAA